AUGACGAGAGGGUUUGCUGAGGUCUCCUUUCCCCGCCACCCUCCCCUCCUCCUCCUUUUCACUCUGGUCACCCAGGCCCAGUUGAGGACCAGGGAGCAUUACGUGAACAGCGUAGCAGAGAGGGGUAGGGUGGUGCUGAGUCAUGUCCUCGGGGACGAAGAAAAUCCCUUAGAGACACUUUUAGGGGCUCCCAAAAUACGCCACUGGGAAGAAAUGGGUAAGUCACUCGGGAUGGUCGGAAGAUGGUCUCGAGAGGUUCAAUUCAACAUGGUCGCCUCCUGUGAUAGUAACCUUUUCAUGAACCAAAAGCGAAUUCUCUUGGCCUUUGUGCAUGAUAGGACCAUCAGGUACAACGUCAGAGCGACGAAGCCGGAAAAGUAUAAGAUUGUGAAAGUGGGGUGUUGCUGUUACAUAAAUCAUGUGGACAGUGCAAACUUACUUGAAGAGCAGAUCCCACCUUCUGUAGAAGACUCUUCAUAUAUAUAUGCACGGGAAAAAUACAAGAUGUGCAUUCAACAACUAAGGCAAGGGUAUCCUUUGCCCCAGCACAAUAUGACAUGGACAACAGUGUUGGCACUUGGCUCCAGCAUACUUAAGCAGAAUGCAAGCACUCCAGCAACAAUGUUAAUGCUUGGAGGCAAAUACCAGGAGUCACAGGUGCAGGCUUUUGUAUCAUCUGUGAGCCAGUGCUUGCAAAUGGCAUUCAAAGAUAAAGACUCCUUUCAUGUCAAUGUCAGAGCUCCACCUGAGGAUGUCAAGUCGAUUGAAGCCAUGAUGAUGUUCCUCAACAUGAAACCUUCCCAUGUUCUUAUUCUGGAAGGUCUUGAAAGGAUGAAAAGCCUCAAGUUCAUCACCCCCUUGAUAGCACUAUCAAAUCAUGAAGACACAGUGCAUCCUCAAUCAGCAGUCCUUAUGAGCACUACUUAUGAAGAUCUAGAUGUUAAUGUUACUGCAUCACGAGCUUCCUUCCAAGUAUAUUCCCAGCAGGUGGCCUUUAAGUACCUCCAUUCUUUAUGGGAUGGUGAAAGUGAUGAAGCUUCCAUGCAUGGUGGCAGUCAAAGGGAUCUCUGUCCAUCAUUGAUGAAUGCUACUGAUCAGGAUCAUGUCCAUGUUGGAAGGAAGCAGCGCAAGCCACGUCUUGUGGUACUGUCAAACCAGAGUGACACACUGUACCCACAAUCUGCCAUUCUUCUAGGCACCACUUAUGAAGACCUGGAUAUCAAUGUUCAUGCAACCCGAGCUUCCUUCCAAGUAUACACUCGUAAAGUGGCCUCCAAGUAUCUCCAUUCUUUAUGGGAUGGAGUGAAGAAAAGCAGUGCUUCCAUUGAUGACCAGCUGGCCAAGCACUUGGAGUUUCUUGAUUUCAUUGUGACUUCCAAGACAAUAGCUGUCAGGCAGUGUUGCAUGAAUGUGUCAGCAUUCCCAAAACACCUGAAGAUAGAAGCUUGUUAUUACAGCAUGUGA